CAUGUUUAUGCAAGGAAAUAUAAUGAACCCCCACUACCUGAAUAUAUUUCAUUGUACAAUCUAGCGAUAGUGCUCCCUUUUUUACUUCCAGAUCAUAUGCUCAGCCAUAUUCAUUCUCUCUCCUCAAAAACCUAUCAUCUCCAAUUCUCCAUAGCAUAAACUUAAAAUUACUAUCUUGUUGAGUUCAUUGCUUUUUCUUAAUUGAUAGUUAAUGGGGUCCAUGUUCGGGGACUGGCCCUCAUACGACCCUCACAAUUUCAGCCAACUUCGCCCUUCUGAUCCUUCAAAUGCUUCUACAUUGACAGCUGCCACCUACCAUCCAACUCACAAUCGUACUCUUCCACCACCUGAUCAAGUUAUCUGUACAGAGAGCAAAAAUAUUCUGAUUAGACACUUCUAUAAGCAUGCAGAGGAUAAGCUGAGACCCAAAAGAGCUGCUUCAGAACACCUUGCUCCUGAGAAUGGAGUCAAGCAUCCAAGAGCAUCUUCCUCAGGAACUGCUGUAUGAAAUAUUGCCUGUAAUACAUCUUGAUCUUGUUAUAUAGUCAUGUAUAUAUUCUUGUAAUGUAACAAUCAUGUAGAUGCGAUAGUUCUGGACAGAAGUUUUUUUUCUUUGAAGUGUGUGUGUGUGUGUGGGAGGGGGGAGGGGUCGGGGGUCAUAAACUCAUAAUUAGGUUAAUAAGGACUUUGUGAGCGUAACAGAUUUGCCCGAUGUAGGGUGAUGAGGAAUCUAGCUCCAGACCGGGGCUGUCGAAGAUGAGCAGUGAGAACUGCUGUAAAUUCAACUUUUCUUGACAGAGGAUUUAGGUUUGUAAUGGUUGUGGCUUGUAUAUCAGUGUGCAUAAUCAAUCAGACAAUCAAUGUAAUUGAUCUAUGCUGUGCUUGUACUCCCUUAGUCCCUUAUAGUGUGCAUUGUGUCCUCUGAUACUCUACUUGGUACCUGCAUCAGGUCCCAGAUAAGCUUGUGAUAGUAGCUGCUUGCAAUUUUUGGUUGCAGAUUAAUAUUUUUAAUUACAUA